AUGCCUCAAUCAUCGAAAAUGAAGCUGAAACAGAAGAUCACAGAGACUCCAAAGUUUGACCUUACUGCCUACAUCUCCAACUACAAAGGGCGCACAGUGUUUCGCCGCCUCCACCUAAUAGCAUCAUGCUCCACAGUUUUGGCCGAGGAGGCCGCUCGAAUGGCUGUUAUUGAGGCAAAGAAAGGCAGUGAUGUUCGAAACUACAACCAAGCAGUCGCCUUGUUGAAGAGGGUAACAUCAGGCCGAAAUCUGGACAGUCUCUUAGAUCCUGCCUGGGCCACACAACAAGAGAAGAAGAACAAUGGGGAAACAGCUCGCUUAGAGAACGAGUUGAAGGGUUACAAGAACAAUCUGAUCAAAGAGAGCAUCCGAAUGGGCAAUGAAGACUUAGGCACUCAUUACUACACCAUAGGUGAUCUCAACAAUGCCCUGAAGGCCUAUUCACGCAUGCGCGACUACUGUACCACACCCGCUCACAUCGCCUCCACCGCAUUUCGCAUCAUUGCAGUCUCAAUUGAACAAAAGAGUUGGUUGGCAGUCAGUGCGCAAGUCGCCAAGAUUCAGAAUCUUCAAAUGAAGCCUGAUGACAACACAAGAAGUCUACCAAAGACUUGGGCAGCAAUAGGUCUCUACCAGAUGUCCAGUCGUGAAUAUCGUGCGGCGGCUUCCAGUUUCCUUAGUUGUGACUCUUCUCUUGGUGACAGUUACAAUGAUGUGGUGACCAGCAACGAUAUCGCAGUCUAUGGUGGUCUUUGUGCGCUGGCGUCAAUGUCUCGUGCCGAAUUGCAGACCAAGGUUCUAGAGAACACCAACUUCCGCAAUUUCCUUGAACUUGAGCCUCACAUUCGUCGUGCCAUUGCUUUCUUCUGUGCAAGCAAGUAUAGUCAAUGUCUGGAGAUUCUCGACUCUUACCAAGCGGAUUAUCUUCUCGAUCUUUACUUGCAGCCUCUUCUCCCUGAUAUCUACAAGAGAAUCAGAACCAAGAGCAUUAUCCAGUACUUUCAACCAUUCAGCAAAGUCACCUUGGCAAGCAUGGAGAAGAUGUUCAGCAAUCGCUCUGAUAGCAACCAGUCACCUAAUGGCUCUACAGCAAAGACAGAAUUCAUUGAUGAGAUUGUCGCUCUUAUUGAAGGAGGUAAACUGGAUGCACGAAUUGAUCUCGAACAUGGAACGCUUGUUGCGGUCGAGCACGACCCUCGUGCUGAAGCCCAGCAAGAAGCAUUGGACAUGGUUGAAGCAUUCACUCGGGAGGCGAGAAUGAAGCUCAUUCGUUUACAAGCCGUCAAUGCUGGGUUGGAGGUCAAGCAGUUGCCGAGGAAGAAGGGCUGGGACACAGAUGCCGACUUUACGUCGUACGACGACAACUCUGGAGGCAACCUCUCUGCACAGUCGGCCCCCGUCGGUCCUGGAAACAGAGACCUUCUAGGAAAUGGUCCAGGCUACUCUCAACGAAAGGGUGGAUAG